AUGAACUGCCGAGGGACAGUCAGGCAUGGAGCUGCAGGCCCAGCAGAAGGGAGGAGCUGCUCCUGGCUGAACCCCUGGUUCUUCCUUGGUUUUGUCCUUGCCAUCAAAACUGCCUUUGUAACCAUCUGCCUUGUGGUUUUCCUUCAUGGAAACUAUGGCCAGUGCCAGGCUCUGCUGCAGAAUGCUCCAGAAUGGUGCUGCGUUCCCAGUGCAUCUGCAGGAAACGGGGAGAAGUGGAUGUGCUGCCCAGAUGGCUGGAGACCCUUUCAAGAGAAGUGCUAUUAUCUAUCCUCUGAUAAGAUGUCCUGGUCUGAGAGUGAGCAGAACUGCACUGGGAUGGGUGCCCACCUGGUGGUGAUCAACAGCAAAGCAGAUUAGGAGUUCCUCUCCAGUGUGGCAAAAGGAAUAUUUACUAAGGACUAUGAAGCAAAAUACUACAUAGGCUUAACUGCUUAUGAAAACAGGCAGUGGCAAUGGGUGGCCCAGACUCCAUACCAGCCGGCAGACACGUUCUGGAAGCCUGGGGAACCCAAUUUACUCUUUGCAGAAAAAUGUGCUGCAAUUCACAUCAAGGGAAACACAGACUCCAGCACUUACUAUAACUGGAAUAACAUCCUUUGCUUCACAAACUGCUACCGAAUUUGUGAGCUGGCAGCCAGGUUCAUCUAA